GUUUCAUCAGAACUAUUGUUGAUGAUGAGCGUGUCUCAGACCCUGGAGACAGAGGAGGACCUCCUGUCUUGUCUCCACAUCAAGAUGUACCACCCGCAGCAGAGUUCUAGAGGUCUUUAUGGGUCCCUCCCUUUGGGAACCAGGAGACGACACUCAGCCGAGGAUCCCCUCAGACUGGGUCGAGACUCUGGGUCCUGCACCUACGCUCUACUGGACCCCCGGGUGUCCCGCAAACAGCUGUGUCUGUCUGCACACCGCUCGGCCCAGAGUCCAGACCUGCUGUUCUCCGUCCAGAACCUGAGUCAGAGAGGGAGGCUGUCCGUGAACAGCUCGGCGCUGGACUACCUGGAGAGGAUGGACCUGCCAGACAAGGCUCUGGUCCGGUUCGGGGAGUACGAGAUGCUGAUCGUCCGCGAGUCUGGGGAGGCCAAGGGUAAUUUUGAGGUGCAGUUUGAGGUUCUGGCAGCGCCUCCGUCCAGAGAGACGUGCACGUGUGUGCCUGGUCUGGGACCAGUGAUGGACACGGGCCUGAUGGUCAGAGAACUUGGACCCCAGGAGACCGACGACACCCUGAUCUGUUACUCAUAACCAAGUAUCGCUUCUUAGACACACACCUGUCAGAACUACACACUGCUGAGCUCCACUUCAAACAGCUGUGGUCACAUCUGCAGUGACGUCACAGAUCCAUGUGGCACUUUGUUACUUUCAUGUAUAACUAAAC